AUGGAAAAAAGACUAUCAAGCGUUUUUACAAGAAGCCGCGGGUUCUUGCGAAUAAGAAUAUAAGUGCCACCAGUCAGUUCGGAUCGGUGGGUGGUGGAGUUAAACCCCAGGAAGUCCCCCAUCAUUGCCACCCGGAAUGGAUGGGACCUGAAAUCGUUAUGAGGCUCGACCGCCACUUGACGACAACAGAGGGAGAAGCUCAAAAGACAUUGGCUCUCGCUCAAGCGAGAUCAGCCGUCAUCGGAGGAGUUAUCGCAGUGCCUAAUAGCUUGAUCGUUGACAGUUCGCCUAGUGGCUAA